GGGCUGAGCGCGCGGAGGAGCUGCGGCUGCUGCUGGGGAGGAGCGCCCGCCGAGGAGCCGCCCCGCGUCUCCCCGACUUCCCGGAGGGGGCAGAGCAGCCGUUCGCUGAGCCUCCCGUUAGAAGGCGCCGGGCAAGAGGGUCCUCCCAACUCCUCCUCGGCGUCUCCGGCCACCCCCCUUGGCCCUUGCCCUUGGAGAAAGUGGAGUGCGCCGCUUGGUGAUCAUCAUUUCUUCUCCGGACUGCUGCGCGGGGCACGGACCCGGCUGCUGCUGCCCCCGGAGGGGCUUUCCGCGGUUGUUUCGCGCGUCGGUCGGUGUGGCUCCCCCCUGCCCACCUCGGUCGACGAUGAGGAGAAGUCUGCGGGCGACAGCGGCCCGCUGCGGACUGGGACUGGGAUACGUGCUGCCCAUGCUGGUGCUGCCUGCCCUGGCACUGCUCAGCGCCAGCGGCACGGGCUCGGCCGCCCAAGAUGAUGACUUUUUUCAUGAACUGCCAGAAACUUUUCCAUCUGACCCCCCGGAACCUUUGCCACACUUCUUGAUCGAGCCUGAAGAAGCUUAUAUUGUGAAGAACAAGCCUGUGAAUCUGUAUUGUAAAGCCAGCCCCGCCACCCAGAUCUACUUCAAGUGCAACAGUGAGUGGGUUCAUCAGAAGGACCACAUAGUAGAUGAGAGAGUAGAUGAAACCUCUGGUCUCAUUGUCCGGGAAGUGAGCAUUGAGAUUUCGCGCCAACAAGUGGAAGAACUCUUUGGGCCUGAUGAUUAUUGGUGCCAGUGUGUGGCCUGGAGCUCAGCGGGCACCACCAAGAGCCGGAAGGCCUACGUGCGCAUCGCAUAUCUACGCAAGACAUUUGAGCAGGAGCCCCUGGGGAAGGAAGUAUCCUUGGAACAGGAAGUUUUGCUCCAGUGUCGACCACCUGAAGGGAUCCCAGUGGCAGAGGUGGAAUGGUUGAAAAAUGAAGACAUCAUUGACCCAGUUGAAGACCGGAAUUUUUAUAUUACUAUUGAUCACAACCUCAUCAUCAAGCAGGCCCGCCUCUCAGACACCGCAAACUAUACAUGUGUCGCCAAAAACAUCGUUGCCAAGAGGAAAAGCACAACGGCCACUGUCAUCGUCUAUGUAAACGGUGGCUGGUCCACUUGGACAGAGUGGUCUGUGUGUAACAGCCGCUGUGGACGGGGGUAUCAGAAACGCACGAGGACCUGCACCAACCCAGCACCCCUCAACGGCGGUGCCUUCUGCGAAGGGCAGAGCGUGCAGAAAAUAGCCUGUACCACAUUGUGCCCAGUGGAUGGCAGGUGGACCUCCUGGAGCAAGUGGUCUACCUGUGGGACGGAGUGCACACACUGGCGCAGGAGGGAGUGCACAGCGCCAGCCCCCAAGAACGGAGGCAAGGACUGCGAUGGGCUGGUCUUGCAAUCCAAGAACUGCACUGAUGGGCUUUGCAUGCAGAGUUUCAUUUAUCCUAUUUCAACUGAACAGAGAACGCAGAAUGAAUAUGGAUUUUCUUCUGCUCCCGAUUCAGAUGACAUUGCUCUGUAUGUUGGCAUCGUGAUAGCAGUGAUUGUUUGCCUGGCCAUUUCUGUGGUUGUGGCCCUCUUUGUGUAUCGAAAGAAUCACCGUGAUUUUGAAUCUGAUAUUAUUGACUCUUCGGCACUCAAUGGAGGCUUUCAGCCUGUGAACAUUAAGGCAGCAAGACAAGAUCUCCUGGCAGUACCUCCAGACCUCACAUCAGCUGCAGCCAUGUACAGGGGGCCUGUCUAUGCCUUACACGAUGUCUCGGACAAAAUCCCCAUGACCAACUCUCCAAUUCUGGAUCCACUGCCCAACCUGAAAAUCAAAGUGUACAACACCUCAGGUGCUGUCACCCCCCAGGAUGACCUCUCUGAGUUUGCAUCAAAGCUGUCCCCUCAGAUGACCCAGUCCUUGUUGGAGAAUGAGGCCCUGAACCUGAAGAGUCAGAGCCUGGCAAAGCAGACUGAUCCAUCCUGUACUGCGUUUGGCACCUUCAACUCCCUCGGGGGCCACCUUAUUGUUCCCAACUCAGGAGUGAGCUUACUGAUUCCUGCUGGGGCCAUUCCCCAAGGGAGAGUCUAUGAAAUGUAUGUGACUGUACACAGGAAAGAAACUAUGAGGCCACCCAUGGAAGACACUCAGACACUCCUGACCCCUGUGGUGAGCUGUGGGCCUCCAGGAGCCCUGCUGACCCGCCCAGUCAUCCUCACCAUGCAUCACUGCGCAGACCCCAACACCGAAGACUGGAAGAUACAGCUCAAGAACCAGGCAGCACAGGGACAGUGGGAGGAUGUGGUGGUGGUGGGAGAGGAAAACUUCACCACCCCCUGCUACAUUCAGCUGGAUGCAGAAGCCUGCCACCUCCUCACAGAGAACCUGAGCACCUACACCCUGGUCGGCCAGUCCAUCACCAAAGGGGCCGCCAAGCGCCUGAAGCUGGCCAUCUUCGGGCCCCUCUGCUGCUCCUCUCUAGAGUACAGCGUCCGGGUCUACUGUCUGGAUGACACCCAAGAUGCCCUGAAGGAAGUUUUGCAGCUUGAGAGACAGAUGGGAGGACAGCUCCUAGAAGAACCGAAGGCUCUUCAUUUCAAAGGCAGCACCCACAACCUGCGCCUGUCCAUCCAUGACAUCGCCCAUUCCCUCUGGAAGAGCAAAUUGCUUGCUAAGUAUCAGGAAAUUCCUUUUUACCACAUCUGGAGUGGUUCUCAAAGAAACCUCCACUGCACAUUCACUCUGGAAAGAUUCAGCCUGAACACGGUGGAGCUGGUUUGCAAACUGUGUGUGCGACAGGUGGAAGGAGAAGGUCAGAUCUUCCAGCUCAACUGCACCGUCUCAGAGGAACCCACCGGCAUGGACUUGCCUCUGCUGGAUCCAGCGAGCACCAUCACCACCAUGACAGGCCCCAGUGCUUUCAGCAUCCCUCCCCCGAUCCGGCAGAAGCUCUGCAGCAGCCUGGAUGCCCCCCAGACAAGAGGUCACGACUGGAGGAUGCUUGCGCAUAAGCUCAGCCUGGACAGGUACUUGAAUUACUUUGCCACCAAGUCGAGUCCAACUGGAGUAAUCCUGGAUCUUUGGGAAGCACAGAACUUCCCGGAUGGAAACCUGAGCAUGCUGGCAGCUGUCCUGGAAGAAAUGGGAAGACAUGAAACUGUCGUGUCUUUAGCAGCAGAAGGACAGUACUGACCCACACUGGACUGGAGGCACAGGGAGUCUGUGGCCAUUCGGGGAUCACAGCUGAGGAGGAAAUCCAGUCCAGACCAAUGAGCUUCACAGGCAAGAUGGCAGCUGGAGAGAGAAGGAAAACAGAUACCAACUACCACCCUAUAUGCCUGCUUUAUGGGACCUCAUCACCAGAGUUAAGAACAAUUAUGUACAUUUGUACCUUGAAUUUAGAAACCAACCUAAUCUUCCUCUUUGUUGGGCUGUAUGCUGUGUGGUACAGGAACUUACAGUUUCCUAGGAAACGCUUUUUAUUGCUAUCCAGAUAUAUGGAUAAACUUUCUUAACAAACCCAAUUUCUACAAACGUUGUUUACAUCAGAUUGGACAGGGAUGCAGACACUGUCCAUGGCUCGUUCUAUUUUUGUUUAAAUCAUUUGGAGUUGAAGCUGUGGACGGUUCGUUGUGUCUAUUUCAGAUUAGUAAUUCACAGAGAAAUCACAGACUUUUGCUACAAAUCAUGUGCAUCAAGUGUCUCAGAUAAUCCUCCCAUCAGUAUUCCGUUUCUAGAGCUCGUAAAACCAGUGUUACCGUUUGUAUCAGGGAAGUGGGGAAUCUAAGUGUGAAGGAGAAACAACUAAGACUCCUUAUUCCUUUAGGAACCCGCCCGGGGCCCUCUGGGAAUAAAGCUGCAGCAUUGCAGGAAAGACAGUGAUUCAUGUUCCACCACACAAACAAGCAUUUCUUCACAACAUGUGUGUUUGUGGUAUGCAAUUUAAAGUGUUUUUUUGUUUUGUUUUGUUUUGUCUUUUUUUAAGGUACCAUUACUAUCAUUAUUAUUAUUGAUGAGUAUUUACAAGUAUUCUAGUGAAAGGCUUUUCUUUUAGCUUCGGUUUUUGUUAGCAGUACUGUUAGUAUUUAGAUAUUGACUAGACCUGCUUCACCUUUUCCCAAAACAAGGUGGGCGUGGUCACCAGUUUAAUUAAACAGGCAUUGCUUCCUGGACCUUUCAUCUUUACCCAUCAUUUUGCCCCAGAAAGGUAGUUAAUGCUUAAUGGCUUUGUCCCUCUGUUCUUGCGGUGUGCUCAGGCAGGGUCUUUCUCCCCUGAGUCCUCUAUUCAAGCUCACUGAAUCCCGGGGUCCUGUGGCCCCACACUGACUCCCCUCAGGACUCUUUCUCCCUUAGAGGCAAUGUGUUUGGAGGAAUGGCCUCUGAAAUGAAAAUCAGGAAACCAGUUCUCAUGCUGGGUUUGUCAUGGUCUAGCUGUGCUACCUUGGGAAAGUCAUUGAACCUCACCAGACCUCAGGGUCUUCACCUGUAAAACAGAGGGGUGGGAUCAGAUAAUCUCAAGGUUCCAACAUGCUGGACCUCCACUCCAGUUCCAUUCAUUAGUGUGAAGACCACAGUGGGCUCUGAGCUGGGUCAUUCAAAGACCCAUCAAGGCUAGACUCUUGUCCAGGCUACAUUAUGCCUUUCAACUUGUUCCAACUUGGAAGACAAUUAUUCUAACCUGUAACAUAUUUGAUAUGCUUUCAAGUCUUGUCUUUGUGUCAAUGAAUUAUGCUAUUCCCUGAGAGAUGGCAUCCUUAAUUAUCACUUUCCUUCCUCUCUUGGAACUAUUUGCCUUCCUGGUUAGUAGCAAGUUAUGUCUUAUUAUUGUCUUGGUCAAAUUUUUUAAAUUAAAAAAAAAAACAAAACUGAAAAAUAGUUCAUCAAGGGACUAUUUUGUGUAAAUUAUGAUAUUUUCUUAGGACCAUCACAGACUCUUUGUUUUAACACAGGGACUCCAUUCAUUCAGCAGGUGGGGAUUAGAGAGUUAAGAGCUCAGUGGCCUAACCAAGAUUGAAAAACAAGGACCCACAUGUAUGAAGAACCUUCAACACAUGGCUGUGGUUUACUUUUGGGCUAGAGGUGAACAGGUUGCUGAAUGGAUUUGAAUUAGAAGGAAUUUCAUGCAUUUCUCCAUUCUUUCCACAUAUAUUUCCUCUCCUGACUAUGUUGGUGACUUCUUCAUAUUCCAGCCUCCUCCAUCUUUGUCAUUGAGAAAAUAUUAUACCUUGAUAUGGAAAUUUUCUUCCAGACCUUUUAUUUCUCAUUUUUUGUUGUAGAUAUGCAUUCCAUAACCAGUCUCUCUCAGGCCACUCCCAGUACCAUAUAUAAAAUAUGUUACACUUAUCAUGAAAGGGAAAGAUUGCACUAAUAAGCAAUUUCAGUGGAUAAUGUCUGUACCAAUGCAUAUUUGACCAAAAGAUAGUAAAAUUGUAUUCUACAUAAAAAAUUGUAAAUAUAUAUUUUUUAAAAUGGAGGAGAAGAGAGCUAUUAUCCAUUGCUGCAUCUUGAAAUAACUUCUCAAGAUUGCUCAUCAUUACUGGUUUGGAGGGUUGUCGUCUAUGGAAAUCAAGAAUUAGAAAGCUGCAGGCUUCUCAAAGGAACUUUCAUGCCUACUGAAAAAUAAAGAGGAGCAAAUAUCCAGCUACCCAGAUAAUACAUUCAAAACUUGAACUAGAAAAAAAUCAUUGAAAAUCAUCAACGCAGAAAUAUUGAACAUAGCAGGCAGGGACUAUAUCAUCAGAGCCAUCAAGGGCCUUUGGCGUUCACUUCAGCUGCUUCAUAUUUUGGGGUUCAGCACCCCAGCACCAGAAACAGGAAGAGUGGUUGAUUCUUUACUAAGUAAGGUGCUCUUCUACCAUCUGUUGUAGAACCCUGUUAUGUUUCCUAUCAAAGGAAUGGCUACUUCCAUACGCACCUCUUAUGUCAGAUAAUCUUCAUUAUGAAUUCUGAUUUCCUUCUUUGGAAAAAUGUAUGUAAUAGCUGUUAGUUUGCUCUCAAAUUCAGAAGCUCCAGAGCCAACAUUUCAUUUCAAAGGAGUCACUUCAUCAGCUGUUCUAUGUGACCUGUCCUGCCUUCCAUGUUUAUUUAGCUUGUGCAGAAAGACAAGGCUUACUGCAUUUUGAAGGGAAAAACCUAUCACUUGUGCAUGGUGCCAUCUAGUGGUGUAUAACACAAUUUACCUUCAGCUUAAUAUAAAAACUCACUAAGAGUUGUUUGACAAAGGAACUGAAAACUUGCAGAGUAAAUAGGGCCUUUAUAACAAAUAGAUGUGUGGACACUUCAUUUCAAAUAUAGUUUUCGUAUUCUACUUUUUUUCUUCUCAAUUAAAAUAUCCAUAUAAAAAAUUGCAUGUCAUUAUGAGCCUAUUAUGUCAUCAACACAUUCCUACAUGACACAUCUCAAGUUGGAUUUUGAUAAUAGAAAUACAUAAACAUGUUUAUAAAAGUCAUUGAAGAGUUGUCAUUUUAACAUUUAUAUUUUUCAUUGGGCUUUAUAUUAAAUCUUUAUUUUAAAUCUCCUUAUCCUUGGUCCUCUAACAUUUAUUUCUGGAAAUGUGAGAAGCAUCCACUUGGAAAAAAAUGUUUUAUGUAUGAAAAUGAAUAUCAUAUGUCUAAGUGAUUGAAAAUUGUGGCUGUUGAUCAAUGAGAAAAAAAGAAGCUUCCUUCUUUCGAAUUUGGGGAUCUAAAGGCAGAAGUCUUCUUUAAUUUCUUUUUUUUUCCCCCUCACCACACUCAUUCAAAGUUCCUUAAAAUGAUCUAGAAGGAAUAGAAGUUGGAUUCAGAAUUGAUAACUGGGCACAAGGUGAUGCAAAUAUGUAACACCAAGGUCCUCACAGCUAAGAGCCUUUUCACACACAGUGUGACUACCAAUGUGGAUAGCCAACUCAGUUAUCUAGAAAAAUCCAUCCCACAUCAGCAGUGGAGACUCUUCCAAGGCAGGACAAUGUCUUGGAUAAAGUGUUCAAUAUUAAACUGCUUACCCAUUGACCAUUUUCAUCUAUACUUUUCUUCUGUAUAUUUUCAAUUCACAACAUUUAAACAGUAGGCCAUUCUUUAGGAAGACAUCAGGAAGUCUGAGUUCAGGACACUCUAGGAACAACACAUCUAAGCAUAUAUUUGAGUGGCAUUUCUCCUAUAUCCAUCAAGUAAGCAUUCCAAUAAUAGAAUCAAACUUUUUACUUCUUCUGGAAAGGCUCAGACAAGGCUAUUUUCUUAUGUGGUCUAUUUGUCUCCAUCAGGGACAGAGCUGUGCUCUUGGUCCACUUACUCCUCUGUCAUCAGUGUAUGAGAAAAAGAGCCAGUCAGGGGAUCACUAUCACCCCAGAAUUCACAAGUGGAAAAAACCAUACGAAGACCUGCAAGAGAGUGUAAAGGAGGUGGGAAAAGUUUAGAGCUUCGGGUUGAAUAUCAGCUUUAGCUUUUGCCGAGCAGUUGCUCAAGACAACUUAUCCGUUUCACUAGGAGAUUUCAGUACAACUCCAAGGCCGAUGCAGGAAAGAAGGACCAGGAAAACAGCUGAAAUGAAAUGGGGUUUCAUCCAUCUUCUUUGAGAACAGAGGAGCUUUUGUGAAUCAGAAUGUUUUCACGUAAAGCCAAUUAUUUACAAAGAUGAUAAUAGUCAAUGAGCAUUAAAAUUUAUAGAUCCAAUAAGGGAAUGUUUUUAUUCUUAUCUCAAGGUAAUAAAACUUUUUAUUUUUAACAUUUCGAGUGCCUCCUAGGACCAACUAUUACACAUUGGAUUUUUUGUUUGUGUUUUUGUAUAUUCUUUUGUUUUCAACGUUACAGAGCUAAUGUUGACUGAAAUUCUUAAAACUUUGCCACUGUGCAAUGAAGUGCUGUUUCUCUACCCUAAGAAAUCUAUUUGUAUAAUCUUUGACUGUAAUGAUCAUUUUGAAAGAUUUCCCUUGUAUCUCUAAAGAUUUUUUUUAAAUGGAACAAGGCAUAAGAGGAAUAAAUACAUUGUAAGCAAUGUUAAUUUAAGCCUAUGUCCCUACAGGUCAAGUAAACCAAACAAACUGUUCCCAGAAUUCAUGCCUCAUAACUUGAUAUUUUUAUGAAGUAGGGAGAUGGCCUUAUAUGUCACUGGGUGGGUUUUCUCCACAAACCAAGUCUAACAAUGACCUUCCUGAUCCUUUCGUCUUAGCAACCUAUGACUGCCCCCAUUGCCCCCUACUUUAAAAAUGUGUCUUCAGAAGAAUCGAUGGCUCCCAGAUUUCCCAGUGGCUUGUCAUAUUCCUGUAUGACAUUUGAUGGAAUAAUAAUGGGUUAAUUCAAACAAAUGUAAUGUAUGCCCAGAUGUACUCCAGCUUGGUCAAGGAAAACAUCUCUGGGCUGACAGAAACCCCACACAGGGACUCACACACAAAACCAAGCCCUGAGAAGGGGCUAUUCCCCAUCCUCUGUCCACGAGGCACUUGUAUAUUGAGAUCUUUCAAGUCAAGAAUCCAUGCUGAACGACUUGAGUCUCAUGGCCCAGCAGUUGUUGGGUAGAAAACAAGAAAUAUGCCAUCGGGUACCCACCAGCCAAAGUAUAUACUACAAUAUGCCAGCUGCUCAACGUGCCAUUUCAGGUUGGUGUCUCAGCAAAAUCAUUAGCUCAAGGCCAUAGCACUUCAAAUAUGCCUACAUCCUAUGAGGCAUCAUCCUUCAAUCCCAAAGGUCUACUGGGAUUGACACUGCCAGACCUGCUGUCAGGACCGAAUGGCACUGACCCCAGGCCCUAACCCCCAGUGCUGGCCUUCAGAACCUGAAUGGUGGGCAGGUUUUGCUGAUUAGUAGCCUAAAAGAUGGGGAGCCCUUGGCCUCUGAACCUCCGCAUGACGACAAGGCAAUGCCCAAGCAUCCUGUCCUGAGCCAUGUUGCCCAUGUUAAAAGGCGUCUGUUUUAGAAUGGCAUACAAGAGCAAGAAAGCCAGGGCCAGCGGGAAAUGCCUUUGCCCUUUUAUAUGUUUAAAGUCUCUUAAGACACCUGCUAAUGUAGGGUUCUAAACACACGUGGCUAUUCCUACAGGCCUUGGAGGAGAAAGAGGACAGCAAAAGGAAGGCGUUGGACGUGAGACUUGUGAUCUGCAUUCUCCCUUCGUUCUUUCCCAGACCUGCUGGUGGUGAAGCCUCACUUCCGACAGUGCGUUAGUUCAGUUGCAGGGAACAUCGCCGCUCAGCAAGUGUGCUAGGCCCAGGGCUUGUGCUCAUUGAGUUCAGUGUGGAGCUGCUGACCUUCCCCUUUGCUUUCUAAAGAAGACAGCCGGUGUGUGUCAGGGGAAGAGCCCAGCAGUCCGUGUUGAAGAGCCGGUGUCGUCCACCUGCUGUUCCCUUUGGAACAGUUCAAGGGCAGGGGUGUCAGAUGGAGGUUCAGGGCUUUGUCAUUUUUCUUUUUCUAAACACAGGACAAUGCCACCUUGGUUUUUCAGACCUGGGACACUGCUUUUGUUGGUGCGGAGUUCCCUCUGGCUGUAUCUUCUAUGCAAUUCCUUUUCUAGAACACCCCUGGCGGUGGAGGAGUGCUCCUGGCACAACCAGCCACGCGGCCCAGCAGAGGUGAGGGCCAGCUCCCCGGUGCCUCUGUUCUCUCUCUGGCUGCCUCUCCCUAUUUUCCUGCCGUCCUCUUGGUUUGUAACUUGCCUGCAUUUAUUCUGUCAGCCUACUUGUACAAAAUGUAAGAGAGGAUUUUUAAACAGGCAAUAAAUUAUAUUUAUAAGCUACAGA